AUGCGACAGCAAAAUUACUCUCACUUCGGUGAAACUCCCAACGUGAUGCUUUGGGCCGCAUCAUUCCUACCCACAAAUCGUUUUUCUACGACAUAUUUGUCCAGAGUCGUGAAUAGCUCCGUAAGUCGGAUGGUGGCACUGACAUUAAAACUUGCAAGUGUGUGCUUCGCUAAAAUGUUUGCCAAAUGA